GGGCGCAGGCGCACAGGCGGGACUAAGGCUCAGACAUGAACUCACUGGAACAGGCCGAAGACCUGAAGGCCUUUGAGAGAAGACUGACAGAGUAUGUCUCCUGUUUGCAACCUGCAACAGGCAGGUGGAGAAUGAUUUUGAUAGUGGUGUCUGUAUGUACGGCUACUGGGGCUUGGAACUGGUUGAUAGACCCUGACACACAAAAGGUGUCCUUCUUCUCAUCACUGUGGAAUCAUCCCUUCUUCACCAUCAGCUGCAUCACCCUCAUAGCUCUGUUCUUUGCUGGCAUUCACAAACGAGUUGUGGCACCAUCGAUCAUCGCUGCCCGCUGUCGGACAGUGUUAGCAGAAUACAACAUGUCCUGUGACGAUACGGGGAAACUCAUCCUCAAACCACGACCGAACAUCCAAUAACCACAGGCGUGUGUAUGUGUGAGUGUGUGUGGUAGUCAGACAGCGUGUCUGGGCUUUGUGGAGAUCCGCUGGUUGAUCACUCUGUCUCGAAGGAAGGGGAACAGUGACCGAGGCAGAUUUUUGUCUGCAUUAUGGAAAUGAAUUUAGAAGAAGACAUGAAUGGGGCCUUUUUUUUUUUUUUUUUUUUAUUAAACAGUGUCGAAGUGAAAGCUGCUGAUCUGCUCACAUAAAUCUUUGAUAUAUAUUUGACUCAUUCAGUGUGAGUUCAGAUGUGUUCAUCUCUGUUUCUGAUGUUGAGCAUGUAUUUUAUCUAAAUCUAUUUUUUAAAGUUAUUUACCUAAUAAAUUCUUAAGGUGUAAAAAAAAAAAGUCUCCUUCUGCCUCUUCUUCUUCUUACUAUUAUUGUUG